AUGUCUGUAGCGCGUCUUUCCACCUCUGCUCUGAGGACUUCCCUCAGAGCCUCCCCUUUCAAGGUCUCGGCUUUCAACGCUGCCCGUUGCUACUCUUCCAAGAACCAGACCUUGAAGGAGCGCUUCGCUGAGCUUCUCCCCGAGAAGAUUGAGGAGGUCAAGGCUCUGAGAAAAGAGCAUGGCUCCAAGGUCAUCGACAAGGUCACUCUUGACCAGGUCUACGGUGGUGCUCGUGGCAUCAAGUGCCUCGUCUGGGAGGGUUCCGUUCUCGACGCUGAGGAGGGUAUCCGUUUCCGCGGCAAGACCAUUCCCGAGUGCCAGGAGCUCCUCCCCAAGGCUCCCGGUGGCAAGGAGCCCCUUCCUGAGGGUCUCUUCUGGCUUCUCCUGACUGGCGAGGUCCCUACCGAGCAGCAGGUCCGCGACCUGUCCGCCGAGUGGGCCGCCCGCUCCGACAUUCCCAAGUUCGUCGAGGAGCUGAUCGACCACUGCCCUACCGACCUUCACCCCAUGGCUCAGUUCUCCCUGGCCGUUACCGCCCUCGAGCACACCUCUUCGUUCGCCAAGGCCUACGCCAAGGGUGUCAACAAGAAGGACUACUGGGGAUACACCUUUGAGGACUCCAUGGACCUGAUUGCCAAGCUGCCCACCAUUGCCGCUCGCAUCUACCAGAACGUCUUCAAGGGCGGCAAGGUCGCCGCUGUUGAGAAGGACAAGGAUUACUCCUUCAACUUCGCCAACCAGCUCGGCUUCGGCAGCAACACCGACUUCGUCGAGCUGCUCCGUCUCUACCUCACCAUCCACACUGACCACGAGGGUGGCAACGUCUCUGCCCACACCACCCACUUGGUCGGCAGUGCUCUGUCCUCCCCCUUCCUUUCCGUUGCUGCUGGUCUCAACGGUCUGGCCGGUCCUCUCCACGGUCUUGCCAACCAGGAGGUUCUCAACUGGCUCACUGAGAUGAAGAAGUCCGUUGGCGACGACCUCAGCGACAAGGCCAUCACCGACUACCUCUGGUCCACCCUGAACGCCGGCCGUGUCGUUCCCGGUUACGGCCACGCCGUCCUCCGCAAGACUGACCCCCGUUACUCUGCCCAGCGCAAGUUCGCCCAGGAGAAGAUGCCCAACGACCCCAUGUUCCAGCUCGUCUCCCAGGUCUACAAGAUCGCCCCCGAGGUCCUCACCCAGCACGGCAAGACCAAGAACCCCUACCCCAACGUCGACGCCCACUCCGGUGUCCUCCUCCAGUACUACGGUCUUACCGAGGCCAACUACUACACCGUCCUCUUCGGUGUUUCCCGCGCCAUCGGUGUCCUUCCCCAGCUCAUCAUCGACCGCGCCCUCGGUGCCCCCAUCGAGCGCCCCAAGUCCUUCUCCACUGCCAAGUGGGCCGAGCUUGUCAAGAAGAUCUAA